AUUUUUACACAUGUGAAUAACUUUCAUUCACGUAUUAUGUCAAUAGUUUUUCAUGUAUGUUCAAGCCUUUGUAUUAUGUAUUAUUAUUGUAUUAUGUAUUUCACGAAUAGAUUCUUCUGUACCUGAUUGACAUUGGUUAACAAACAUACAUAGUAUAAACAAGAACUACUGUUACCAACAUAUAUCGUCUUAAAGACAUAAUGUGGUUUUUGUAAGUUUACCACAAAACUAACCAAAAGGGAAAGUAACUCAAUAUAUCUGUUUCUUCUAGUUUUAUUUUUUGUACAGGAAUGUUAAUAUAAUAUUUUGGUACAAUUUAUAAAACAUUUUUAUUAGAAACAAAUAACUAUACGAUAUCAAUCAAUGGUGCAAAGAUGGUAGAAGUAUCCCUAUCCUCUACACUAAUUAAUCAAGAGGUAAAUAAUAAGUUUUCUCGCUUAGAAUUUUAAAGGAUUAACAACCUAUUAUAAGAUAUACAAAUAGAUAUUUUUAUGAUUUAAAUCGCUACGUUUUUAAUUAUAUAUAAUAAUGGAUGAUCAACAAUUAAACAACUUGAUUAAAUGGUUAGAUACAUUUGAUCUUGAAGCUCCUCAUUCAACAGCAGAAGAUAUAAGUGAUGGUGUUGCUUUAGCAGAUGUCUUAGCUCAAAUUGCUCCUGAAUGGUUUACUGCUGCUUGGAGAGCAAAAAUUAAAACUGAUGUUAAUUCUAACUGGCGAUUGAAAGUUAGUAACCUUAAAAAAAUUGUUGAGGCUAUAAUGGAAUAUUAUAUUGAAUGCUUAAAUCAACAGUUAUCAGGUUAUAUUAAACCUGAUGCAACUAAAAUUGGUGAACACUGUGAUAACCAUGAACUACGCCGUUUAUUACAGUUAAUUCUUGGAUGUGCAGUUAAUUGCAAUCAGAAGCAACAAUAUAUAACAAAAAUUAUGGGAAUGGAAGAAACUGUCCAACAAGCAAUUAUGCAGAGUAUUCAAGAAUUGGAAAGCAACAUGCAUGGACCAAGAUUAAGUUUAGGUACUAGUCUUAAUUUUGAAUCUUUUGAUGUAGCUGAUGGUAAUCAGCAAAGAUUAUUAGCAGAACUUCAAGCAACUGUUGAUAUGAAAGAGCAAUUAGCGCAAAAAUGUCAUGAGCUUGAUCAACAGCUUUCCCUUUUGCAAGAGGAGAAAGCAGCAUUGGCAACAGAAAAUAAAAAACUCCAAGAAAGAUUAGAUGAAUUUGAAAAUCCGGAAGAAUCUGGUUCCAUCUUAAAAUAUUCUAGUAUUAGAAAACAAGUAGUAACAUUGAAAGAUGAAUUAUUUAAAGUAGAAACGUCUAGAGAUGAUUAUAGAUUAAAAGUAGAAUUAUUAGAAAAGGAAGUAUUGGAACUACAAUCCAGGCAAGAAGAUUUACAAAAAGCAGCUGAUGAAGCUAAUCAUCUGAAAGAUGAAAUAGAUGCAUUAAGAGAAACAGCAGAUAAAGUAUCAAAGUAUGAACAAACAAUAGAAUCCUACAAAAAGAAAAUGGAAGAUUUGAGUGAUUUGAGAAGACAAGUUAAGAUAUUAGAAGAUAAGAAUUUAGAAUAUCUGCAAUCUAAAAUAGAUUAUGAAGAAGAAUCAAAACGGAAUGUAAUGCUACGUAAUCAUUUAGAAGUUUGUAAACAACAACUUGCUGAAGCACAUCACAAAUUGGAUGAACAAACUAAUAAAUGUGAUAAACUUGAAUUUGAGGGGAAAAAAAUGGAAGCAAAACUAAGUACUUUACAAAGAGAAAGAGAUAGAUUAAUUGUAGAGAGAGAUGCUUUAAAAGAAACUAAUGAAGAAUUGAAAUGUACACAAUUGCAAGCAGUAGAAAAUAUAGCAAAACCUAGUACUGACAGUACUGUUACAAAUACAGAAAUGAUUCCUCUUGAAAUUAAAGAAAAACUACUCUGUUUGCAACACGAAAAUAAAAUGCUGAAACUUAAACAAAAAGGAAAUGAAGAUAAAUUACCUACAGUUCAAGCACUAUUAGAAGAUUCAGAGGAAAGAUUAAAUAUACUUAGAGAUAAAAAUCGCAAAGCUAAUCAAAGAAUAAUUGAAUUGGAAAAUAGAUUGGAAGAAGCAUUGGGAAGUCAGUCAAAUGGAGACAAUAAAACUGAUACCAAUUUAGGACAGAAGAUAACACAAUUGCAAGAUGAGCUAGGAAAAGUACAAGCAGAAAGGGAACGUUUAAUUUUACAAGUUGAAGAAAGAGAAAAUGCGUUACAAGCUCAAAAACAGAAAGUUUUUGCAUUACAAGAAAAAUUGACGCGCCGGGAGUACGAUAAUGUUGCACUUGAGGAACGUUAUAAAAAAUAUGUUGAAAAAGCAAAGAGCGUUAUAAAAAGUUUAGAUCCUAAGCAAAACAAUUCGUCUCCUAAUGAAGUAGCUGUUUUAAGGAAUCAAAUUUUAGAACAACGUAAAAUUAUGGAAGAUAUGGAACGUUCUUUAAAAGAAUCUAAAUUGAUUAAAGAAAUGGAAGAAAAAUUAAUGAUAUCUGCAUUUCAUCGUUUGGGUUUAACUUGUCAUAGAGAAGCAAUAGAUCAACGACUUGCAGUUUUAAGUUCAGGUCCGGGACAAUCAUUUUUAUCAAGACAAAGACAACCAUCUGCUAGACGACAUCCACCUUAUAACUCUAAAUAACAACUAA